UCCAUAUGCUGGCACUCUCCCGUUGAGAUGUGCUCUCUCCUUCACGAGAGCAUGCCACCACCUCACGCACACACUUUCAUACACACACACACGCUCUCUCACACACGUACACACACAGUUUGAACACACACUCCUCCUUGCUGAAAGAGGAUAGAGGGAAGUGAGAGACAAGCGAAAGGAGAGAGAAGACAAAGCAGGAGAAGAAGAAAAAGGGAGAGUGCACCUAGAGAAAGAUGAAACAGCACAGGCAGUAAGGUGCUGACAUGGCUGCUCCUCCAGGACAGCCACCUUCUUCUUCUCCGCGAUAUCCUCCUCUUUUCCUCCUCUUCCUCCUCCUCUUCCUCUCCUCCCUUCCUCCCCUCCUCUCCCGCCCUCUCAUCCCUCAUCCCUCUAUUAACGUGGCGGUGGUGUUCUGUGGCUCUGCUUACCAGAAUGAGGUCAGGGGUCAUUUGAGCAGAGAGGACUUCGCUGACCUUCCCCUAGAGGUGAACCCGGUCACUGUUCUGGUUAACGACACCAACCCUCGUGCCCUGCUGACACGUCUCUGUGAAACCAUGGCGACAGAGAAACUGCAUGGGGUCGUGUUCGAAGACGAUGUGGGAUCAGGAGCUGGACCUCAGGUGGCAGAAGUGGCUCAGAUCCUAGACUUCCUGUCGACUCAGACAGCUCUGCCCAUCGUUGGCAUCAGUGGAGGAUCUACCGUUGUCAUACCUCACAAGAGGGUCCCUGGUUCACGCCCCGGUAUGGGCGAGGGGACGGUGUAA